GCUUAAGGGCGUCAGGCGCCAAAUAGGUUCUAACGAACGCCCGCACAAAUUGUGAGCUUUAAUUCCGGGCCCGGAGAUCUUCAAUUCUCAUGGUUCUGUCCAACUUCCUGAGAGUCCCGUCCAACGAUGCACACCUUCCGAAACUGGCCCAUGCCAUGUCGUCCUACACCUUCCAAUGUCCGAUCAUAAGGCAGCCUACCUGAGGUAACCGCACUUGCUUCAAAUACGGUCCCGGCCCGACUUAUUCGUGACGGAUUUGCAUCCCAGCUCUUCUGAAACAUGUUGGGCACCAAUGACAAUCGGAUCCCAGCCCAAGCUUUUCACUUCAACAAGAAACCUGACCCGUAGGAGCUCCCCGCCAUUGCCACACCACACCACAAGAAACUAAACCACCAUGACCUCCAAUCUCGAUGCAGCAGCGCUCUUCCGUGUCGACGGCAUGGUUGCCGUCGUCACCGGCGGAGGCACCGGCAUCGGCCUCACCAUGGCCCGGGCCCUUGCCGUCAACGGCGCAAAGCGCGUCUACAUCCUCGGCCGGCGUCUUGACGUCCUGACCACUGCCGCGGAAGAACACCCUGGCGUCUUCGUCCCCAUCCAGUGCGACGUAACUGUCCACGCUUCCCUGCAAGCCGCCGUCGACCAAAUCACCUCCGAGACGGGCCACAUCAACCUGCUCAUCGCCAACAGCGGCGUGGGCGGCCCGUCCGCAGGCUGGAACCCAUCCCUGCCGGUCUCCGAGGUCCGCGCCAACCUCUUCUCGCAGGCCAACAUGGACAACACGACGUCGUCCCUCAACGUCAACGUGACGGGCGCCUUCUUCACCAUCGUGGCCUUUCUCGAGCUGCUGGACGCGGGCAACAAGGCGGCGCUGGCGGGUGGGUUCGGCCGGCCGAUCGUGGAGGGCAGCGACGUCCCCGCCGUGCAAAGCCAGGUCAUUACCACCAGCAGCAUGGCCGCCUUCAGCCGCAUGUACCUGUCGACGCCGGCGUAUGCGGCGGGCAAGGCGGCCAUUAUGCACCUGACGAAGCAUGCCAGCUCGAACUUGGCUGCGUACGGAAUUCGGGCCAAUGCGUUGGCACCGGGGCUGUUUCCUUCGGAGCUAGCCAGCGCCAUGAUCGGCACCCGGGACCCGAGCAAAGAGUCGCCCGAUGACCCGCGGUUCCUUCCCUCGCUGAGGUUUGGGGGCGAUGAGGAGAUGGCCGGUAUGCUGCUGUACCUGGCGAGCCGCGCGGGAGCUUACACCAAUGGUGUCGUGUUGCUGGCUGACGGUGGACGAUGCGCGGUGAUGCGCUCAUCGUAUUAACAAACGGUUUCACGGGGGGACGAAAGAGUUAUCAUUACGGGU